UAACCUGUGCGCGGUAAAUGUCCGCGACGCCGACGGGUCCGGCACCAACUCGGGGGUUUUGGGGGGCAUUAACUUUGUCGCCCAAAAUGUAACGGCAUCAGGCCUCUCAGGCAAGGCGGUCAUGAACAUGUCCCUGGGCGGCUCCCGCUCGACAGCCGUCAACGAAGCCAUCAACGGGAUCAAGAAUGCGGGCGUCGUCCCCGUUGUGGCGGCGGGCAACGAGAACCAGGACACGGCCAACACGUCGCCCGGCUCGGCGCCCGCGGCCGUGACAGUCGGCGCCAUCGACCAGACCACCGACCAGCGGGCGUCCUUCUCCAACUUUGGCCGCGGCGUCGACAUCUUCGCGCCCGGAGUCCGCGUCCUCAGCGUGGGGAUCGCCGACGACAACGGCUCGGCCACCCUUAGCGGCACGAGCAUGGCCAGCCCCCACGUCGCGGGGCUCGCCGCCUACCUGAUGGCGUUUGAGAGCAUCACCGACGUCGACGCCGUCGUCGCCAGGAUCAAGAGCCUCGCGCGCGCGAGCGGCGCGACGGUCGGGAACAACCAGCGGGGCACGACGAACCUGAUCGCCAACAACGGGAACAGGUGA